UUUUUUUUUUUUUUGCACUGUUUUUCCUCUGUCUGUAUUUUGAGCUAGUGCUGAGACUGAGAGGCUAUACCAUAGGGAGUUGGACUGGUCUUGGGAGGUGAUGAGGGUUGCCAGUUAGUUGGUGUGGGUAAGAGAGGCUUGGGCUGUUCUGUUGAAUCUAUGCUCUGUCUCAGGUUUUUAUUUCCCACUCAGCCUAGCUGGCCAAAGAUAAGAGCAGACAGUCUGUGUGAAACUUACUUUGCCAGAAGUGUGGCCUCGGUUGAGUUUCUGGAAGGGCCAUGCAAAGAUGUUUACUGGAGAUGGGUUGAGAGUCUGCAGUCUAGCUCUGGGUCAGGGGCAGCUAGUCUCUAAUCAGACUUUUUUGGGUCUCAUGCUUAUUAAAAUAGUGCCAAGAAACUGUGGGAUUCACGUUUCCUAAACCUGAUCCAUUUUUCUAAAAAAAAUCUCAAUUAAUGUGAGGCUGUUUAGUGAAUAGCCUGAGUUCUAGUGAUCUGAAAAAUAGUUAUCUUCAAGUGUCAAAGAUGUUAGACUCCCAAGAGGACUAGCUCCUACCUGCGGGGCCACCUGCUGGCUUGAGAGUGUUGAUCAUCAUGUUCUCUUGCUCCCACUGCCUAAUAGUUGCUGGCAUCACAUUAGAGGUCACUUAGGUUUGAGUUAAGUUUACCUCCCUCUUUCUAUGCCUGGGAAACUGUCCAGUUUUAGAAUUAUGAUUUGACUAUUUUAUCUUUUGGGAAAAGCUUCUGUUUUAAGGAAUUUCUCUUCCUUCUUAUCCUGCCUCUAACCUCUCCUGGAAUGGCCUGGCCAUGGCUUGUAGAAUCUCAGCUGAGAACUUCAGAAAACAGCAGCAGUAUUUUCCUUUACCUAGUGUAACAUCCCUUUCCCUAGGAGUGAGCUCACCUUGGAAAACCCAGGGAAAGAAUCAUCAGGUUCUCUACUCUCCCUGGGGAUUAGGGAAGGACCCAUCCCGGUCAGCACAGUGCCUUUUCCUCUCCUGCUCUGAGCCAGGGUGGACAUGCCCUCUAGAUUCAGGUCUGGGAAGAGGUCCUACAGUCCCUCCCAUGGGGCUGCUUUCCCAUUCCUUCUUCCCCCUCCCCUUUGCUAAUCUACUCUGACAUAAUUCUUCAAGUGUCUUUUUGCCUUGAGGAGCCUUAAUGGCAUUGAGUGGCAACAUAUAAUAUUGUCCUCCAUGCAUCUCCAAUAGAACCUAGGAGAGCAAGAGAGCUUUUUAAACUAAAGUGAGAGACUAAUAGAUGCUCCUGUUUUUGUUGUUGUUGUUGUUGUUAUUGUUUUUUUUAAAGGCAGGAUGGGGAGGUAUGUUUGGGCCUCCUGCUGUGGCCUGUGAGGAAAGAGGCUAGGGCAAGGCUGUGAUCCUGCACUGAAGCAUAACCAGAAGUACCCAGGAUCUGUCCGGAGAUCUCAGAAGAAACCAGAUUCUCUUGUAUGGAAAGAUAUAAUUAGGGAUCAAAGAGCUCUACGAAAUUUGCAAAGAAGCCUUAAUGUUCAAGCUUCGAAGAGAUCAGAGCAAUUUUUCCCUUUUAGUCCAAGAGCUAAGACUCUGUGUUUAGACCUAUCCUAAGGCAAGAGAGCUGGAUUUCCUCAUUUUGUUAUAAGACUAGAUUGUCAUCAAUGAGUCAGCUGUCAGUGAGGGUAGGCUGCUUCUUUGCACAUGUGUGCCUUGCUGCCUAUCUGGUGUGUCCUUCUCAGCUUCCUUUUGUCUAGCCUACUUUGGGUUGCCAGAUCAUCUUGAUAAGAGCAGGUGAUUUGGGGCCUGGCUGGGUUGGCAGGAAAAGAGCAGGAUGGAUCUCUUGGGACAGGUUCUCCCAGGAAUAUAAAAUAAGGAGCCAGGGUUGUGCUGGCAGCUGGAGAGACAGUAGUGCCUGUUUAAGUUGGCAGAGAGGGCCUUGGCACCUCUCACAUCCAGACAGUCUUAUAAGAUGGGGGCACAUAGCACUGGGGAAAGCAGAACUCCAUUCUCACCUCUAUUUUCAGCUUCAGUGCUUUAUUUCAGUAUGAGGAAAAACAACAACAAACUGAAGUGCGCUUUCCGUCCUUUCAAAGGACAACUGUUGGGAAAGGAGAGCCAGGUUGCUAGGUGGGAGGAGAGAAUUGGCAGGGAGAAUCAUUCUUGACUCCUCUCUUCUCUGGUGUGUCAAGAUCCAGGGAAUGAAAAGCAAUUUGACCCUGGAUUAGUUCCUCCUUAAAUUGAAGGAAUGUUACCUUUUCCUUCCAUGAAGUUCUCUUAGGCUAGGACCAGCUGUCCAUUCUGAGCUCAGGGUAGCCGCUUCAACAAUUAUUGGCAUAACCUGACUUGUCAGGAAACUAACCUUACCCCUCCAUAUUGGGUCUGGCUGCUCUAUUCUGUACCAAGUACUAGAGAAAAAAAAUGUCAAUUCUUAGUAACCCUUGCAGGUCUUACUUUAGUUUCCCGUCCUUUGCAGAGGCCAAACCAACUAUUUGUAGCCACAACAUGCAUUCACAGUGGCAAAAUGAGAUAUAAUCGAGGGGCUUUGAACCUGGCUGGCCGGGGAGCUGUAGGGGUGGAUAGAGUUGGCUUUUCUUCUGAGCUGUCUCCAUCUGUCCCUUUCCCUUCCAUGCCCCAUCCUACUCCCACCAAAAAGUAAAAAAUCAGGAUGUUUUUCACUGUCCAUUGCUUUGUGUUUUAAUAAACAAUUUACAGUGACACUCUGUGUUGAGACUGAGUUUCAACUUGAGGUGAAGGGAUGGGGUGGAAAAAGGGAGACCUAGGGGUUCACUUGCCUGCCAAGAGUUCUUUUCUUCUCUCCAGGAUGUUUGGUUAAGGGAAUCAUCGGCAAAGCUCUGCCUGUCCAUUUCAACCAGCAGUGCAUCGAAGGAAAAACAAAAUGGUUUGUCUCUACUCUCACUGGAACAUCAGGCCCUGACUAUCCCACUCCUAAGUUACGGCGCUGUGGAGGCGGCGGCCAUCUUGGCGGCGGAGCGAUGAACUGGUCGAAUCCGAAGGCAGCGGCCGCGGGGUCUGCGGCUGGGCCCGGACGGCUGGUGGCUGGCAAGGAGGAGAAAAAGAAGGCAGGCGGCGGCGUCCUGAACCGGCUCAAGGCGCGGCGGCAGGCGCCCCACAACGCGACCGACGACGGCAUCGGGGCAGCGGUCACGGAGCAGGAGCUGCUGGCGCUGGACGCCAUCCGGCCCGAGCACGUCCUGCGCCUCAGCCGGGUCACCGAGAAUUAUUUAUGUAAGCCUGAAGACAACAUCUAUAAUAUUGAUUUUACCCGCUUUAAAAUUCGAGAUUUGGAGACGGGGACAGUACUUUUUGAGAUUGCCAAACCUUGCAUUUCAGACCAAGAGGAGGAGGAGGAGGAGGAGGAAGGUAGAGAUGUGGAUAUCAGUGCGGGACGUUUUGUCCGCUACCAGUUCACACCAGCAUUUCUCCGCCUUCGGACGGUUGGGGCUACGGUGGAGUUCACAGUGGGAGACAAACCUGUGUCAAACUUCCGGAUGAUCGAACGGCAUUAUUUCCGGGAACGCUUGCUGAAAAACUUUGACUUUGAUUUUGGCUUCUGCAUCCCUAGCAGCAGGAACACUUGUGAACACAUCUAUGAGUUUCCUCAGCUUUCUGAGGAUGUCAUUCGUCUGAUGAUUGAGAAUCCUUAUGAGACCCGCUCUGACAGCUUCUAUUUUGUCGACAACAAGCUGAUAAUGCACAACAAGGCUGAUUAUGCCUAUAACGGGGGCCAGUAACUGCAACAGGAACAGGCAGGAGAGGUGCUUUGCUGUGGCCACAAGACCUUGGCACACAGAGGUGAUUGAAGCUGCAGUUUGUCAACACACACCUGGAAUCUUGCCCUAGGAAGCCAAGGCCGAGGUGGCAGUUUCCUGUGCUUCAAGGGAGGUGCCAAGCAGUGCUAUGUUCUCUUCCCAGUAUUUUUCCUUCCCUUUCUUCCCCUGCCCCUUAGGUCACAGAAGUACUAUAGUAAAGUAAAAGAUUAGGAUAAGUCUCCUGGAUUCCAGAUAAAAAAGUUGAUUUUCUUGUAGUCUAGUUAUCUGCUGGUUUUUCCUGACAAGCCUCGGUCUCUCGAGGCUUAGUUGUGCCUGCUGAGUGAGAAGCCUGUGGUGGGGCCUGCCCGCAGCUUAGCAGCUCUUCCCAAUCCAAGGCGCCGCCUCCUCUCACUUGCAGUGUUGCCAUCAGUGCAGGCUGCCUUCAGCCUGUGCUUCCUCUUAAACCAACUGGAAGUAACUUGAAAGGGGAUGGAGGGGAGGGGUGGUGCCAAGGGUUGAGGUGUAGAUGACACUGCCAAACUGAGAGGACCAUUUUGCAGAGAGACCUGCUGACCUGUCUGACUCCCAGGGUCCUUGGCCUGCCCUCCUAGGGAUAAACCAAGGUUUUGUUCUGGCAGUGCCUUCCUGAUCUCAGUUUGGAGGACAGAUGAGCUUGCUCUGUUUUCCUGGCUCCUAACUUGAGUAUCUUGUGAAACAGAACAUGUCAGUUUUGUUCAUGGAAUGCUAAUAUUUCUCAAGGCCAGAAUAGGCCUCAUUGUAUUUUGUUUUUUUUAUGUCCAGACUUGUUUUGGGGAGGUUUUAUAAAAUGUCAGUGGUGUUCCCAGCAUAUGUGAAGUGUGGUGAGAGUUCUGAUGUAUUAAUCAGGCUCCUGAGGCUAAUCUGGCUCAUGUUGGAAGAAGUAUACUUAUGAACAAGCAGUAACUUUAAAGGAGAGAUUUGAUUUUCUCUACACAGCAUAGCCUGGAGGAUUGGCUUUUGAUGGGGAUUUGCUUCUGAAACUUUGUAGAUUUCUUAUUUAGGAGGGUUUUCCUAUCUGCUUUUCUUCUGAAGUAGUUUCUGGAACCAGCCUGGUAGAUCAGUCAUAAGUAAUGCACAUGCUGAUCCUUCAAACUGCUAGUUGAAAUUGAUAUGAAUGUUUAGAAAGGGCAAAAUAGGUGAGGUGGUCUGUCAGAGUGAUGUGUUCUCAAAAAAAAAAAAAAAAUCCUUGCAUGUCUGUGCAGGUGUGCUACUUUUGUCCUCAGACCAUUAUUGGAUAAACUAUGUCACCUCUUCACCUCCCUAUGGUUGGCUAUGUGGAUGGCUUUAGGAGCUCAGCCCAGAAUCCAUGACCCUCUGAUAGGAUGAUUGAUGUGGCCAGAGUCCUUUUAGCAUUGAUAGAAGGGUGUCAGUAGGGAGGGCUCACGGGUGUAGUAAGUCACUGUGAGGCCUCACAGUACCUGUGUCAGGAGAGGGGCAUCCUCAGGUGCUUGGGAGAAAGAGAGGCCUUAUGGGAUCAGAGAAAGCAGAGACAGCACCUUGCCACGGAAGUUCCUGUGUAUUCACCAACCAGUGUUGUUCCCUGUUUGGAUUCUAGAGUAUGAGUGUCUUUGAACUUUGGCCCAGUGCUUUGUGCCAGGCCACAGUCUUGGUCAUGUCAUAUGCUGGCAGCUUUCUCACUGAGAAAGCCUGAGAUUACUCCCCUGCUGGCACUGGAUUCAACCCUGAGGGAGGGAAUAAACCAUGUGCUCUAUGGAAUUGGUUCCUUGUGACCUGAGCGGAUUCAGCUACAAAUCCGGUGCCUUAAGUGUGGCUCUGUCUCUUACGCUGCUGGGGAAAGCUGUAAUGCUGCUUUCCCUCCUCAUCUACAGACAGACAUCAGCACUGUUUUCUGACCUUCUCUUUCUCAUUGUGGCAUCUCAAAAGUGGGAUUUCUAUGUUCCUGUCAAGCUUAGCAACAAUCCCUUCUCUCUGUGACAGAGUCUCAACUGGGAGUUUCUACUGUUUGAUAUUUAAAUAUUAUGUGGUUUCUGAAGCUGCCCAGAGCUCUGCUUAGUUGAGUGUUUUAGAAAUGUGCUCUUGGACAGACCAUUUCUAGCACCCUAGUGGGCGCUCUCUUAUUCUCAGUGUUAACUUUGUUUGGGAAGUAGACCUGGAAGAGGGGGAAGGUGGGUAUUUUGGCUGUGUCCCUUCCCUAUUAAUUAGCCUUAGUCUCAAUGGAGACUGAGACCAAGUGCUCAGUCUUCCCAGUUCGACAGAGAUUUGCCAUCUUCUGCUCUUGAAGGUUUGAUGUUCUAUAUCUAGGGCUCUGAUUUCUUGUGUCUAGCUGCCCAGGAAAUUUUGAGCAGCAUUACCACUCUGGGCUAUUAACUAGUGUGAGUUUGAAAUUCAAGCUUUUGUACCAGAGUUGAAGAAAAAAUUGGAAGUCAUACCUUCUCUAAAAGUAACGGAACCAUUCAGACAGUGAAGCAAGCUGCCAUGUUAUUAAGGCAUCCAGACUGCUGAUGGCAGUUACCUUGUGGGUGAUACAGUGAGUGGGGAAAAAACUACCUGCAUGGGGACUGUGCCUUCUGUUAAGGAUUGGCAUCUGAGAGGCAGCUUCUCCAGGGAACACAUCCCAGCAGAGUAGCAGGCCCACCUGGUGCAGCAGUACCUACUGCCUGCACCCUUUCCUCUCCAAUCUUGCUCCUGUCCCUUGCCUUAGAAUCUCCUGGAGAGGGCCUUUCCUUUCCUAUACAGCCUUUGGGGUAAGAUGCCCUUCUAGGUUUUCCAAGGAAGAUUCUGGUUUAUUUCAUUCUAUAUUGUUUACUUAGGUGUUAGCUUGAAGCUGUCUUGCAAAGAAAACAUAUUUUAGGGGCGUAGGCUUCCUGAAGACUUGUCUAUCUUCGCACCAUUUCAUUUUCAGUACCUAGGAAUAGUGAUUUGGGGGUGGUAGCGGCCGGUGAUUCUUGAAAUGGCAGUGAUUAGGCAAUCUUCAGCGUAUUUUUUGGUUGAAGUGGAACUCUUUCCUGGAAUGGAUUUAAUACUCUGUGUCUAAUGUACAAAUUGAGCAAGUCUUGUCUUAGUGUGUCCUAAUCCCCAGUAGGCCCCAGGGUACUCUUUCUUUCUCUGUUAAGUUACUUUCUUCUGGUGGCCAGUGUUACAAUGACAUCAGUGAGAUUUGGGGAUGGGGACAGUGUGUUUUAAAAUUCAAAGCACAGUCUCCUUUGCAGUGCACAAGGAUUCCUAAUGCAGAGGGUGCUGCUAUACCUGGUGUAGGAGCCUAAUUGUUAAACCAUCACAUUACAUUCCAUGUCACAAAAGGAUGUGGGGGAGGUGGAUUUACCCCUUCUUUUACAAAAGAUCAUGUAAAGUCAUUGAAGUUGCAAAAGUCUAUUUUUUUCCCUGUAAAUCUAUUUUUCACAGAAUAUAAGAAACAUCAAUGACCUGAUCUGACCUUCCUCUUUCCCACUUUACCCGAGGUCCUCAUUCCAGUUUGGAUUUUCGUUGUGUUCAAAGUAAACUAAGUGACUUAUUUGUAGAAAAUGUUAUUUUGCCACAAGACAAUAAUAAAAGAAAGAUUUUCACAGUA